AUGAAGAGAAAGGCCGACGAGACUGCGACCGCGCCCGAGAGCGAGAAGCGCGCAAAGACGGAAACCUCUACAUCCGAACUAUCUUUCUCUGAUCUGGGCCUCGACACUCGAUUGGUACAGGCUGUCGCUGCCGAGAGCUUCAAGGACCCUACCCCGGUGCAACAGAGGGCAAUUCCAUUGGCCCUGGACGGCAAAGAUGUCGCCGCGAAGGCGCCCACAGGUUCCGGAAAGACGGCUGCAUACAUUCUGCCUGUGCUAUCGAGCAUCCUGAAGCGCAAAGCUGCCGAUUCUUCGCCUGCUACCACCGCCCUGAUCCUCGUCCCUACCCGUGAGCUUGCCGACCAAGUUCUCAAAGCGAUCGAACAGUUCUCAGCAUACUGCGCAAAAGACAUUCACGCAGUCAAGCUUGUCGACAAGAUUUCUGAUGCGGUUCAGCGUUCCCUCCUUUCAAACUUCCCCGAUGUCGUAGUCUCUACACCCGCUACCGCAUGGCGCAACAUCACCUCCGAUGCGAUGUCGCUCGAUAAUCUGGCGUGCUUGGUUCUCGACGAGGCUGACCUCAUCCUGUCAUACGGCUACGAUGAAGACCUCGAGAACAUUGCCCGAAAGCUUCCCAAGGGUGUUCAGCUCUUGCUGAUGAGCGCGACGUUGUCUACAGAUGUCACUACUCUUGGAGGAAUUUUCGGACGCAAGCCUACCAUCUUGGAUCUUGACGAGGAGGAGACAGAGAAUGACAAUCUGUCACAAUUCGUUGUCAGCUGUGGAGAGGAUGAGAAGUUCCUGUUGGCAUUCAUCAUCUUUAAGCUGAAGCUUGUCAAGGGCAAAUGUCUCAUCUUCGUAAACGACGUCGACCGUUCAUAUCGCCUGAAGCUGUUCCUCGAGCAGUUCCAGGUCCGCAGCUGUAUUCUGAACUCGGAGUUGCCCGUCACAUCGAGAGCGCACGUGCUGGAGGAGUUCAACCGUGGAGUCUACGAAAUCAUCAUUGCGUCCGACGAGAAGAGCGCAAUGGGCGCCGAGGAGAGGGAUGCCGAAGAAGGAGAGGGAUCAGAGGCGAAGAAGGAGAAGGACUCCAAGAAGAAGCGCAAGUCGAAGCGAGACGCUGAGUUUGGCGUUUCCCGGGGUAUCGACUUCAAGAAUGUGGCAGCCGUGGUCAAUUUCGACCUGCCGACAUCAGCAUCAUCAUACACACAUCGGAUUGGCCGCACAGCGCGCGCUGGUCGGACAGGCAUGGCACUGUCAUUCUACGUUCCUCAAGAGUUGUACCGCAAGCACGUCCCCACGAGCAUAGAAACCGCAGAGAACGACGAGAAGAUCCUGGCCAGGAUUAAGAAGCAACAAGCGAAGCUAGGCAAGGAGGUGAAGCCUUACAACUUCAAGAAGGAGCAUCUGGAUGCAUUCAGGUAUCGUCUGGAUGACGCUCUGAGAGCAGUCACCAAGGUUGCAGUUCGUGAGGCGCGUAUGAGAGAAUUGAAGCAGGAGAUUCUCAAGAGCGAGAAGCUGAAGAGAUACUUUGAGGAGAACCCAACAGAGUUGCAGCACCUCAGACACGACGGAGAGUUGAGAACAGCCAGGCAGCAGCCUCACCUGCGGCACGUUCCUGAAUACCUGUUGCCGAAGGAAGGCAAGGAGUCACUCACAAAGAAUGACAUCGGUAUGGUGCCGUUCCGAAAGAUUGGUGGCAAGCAGAGGAGGAAUAAGAGCAAGCCCGGCAAAGGCAAGAAGCAUCAAUCUUUUCCGGAACCGGUGGAAUUAGAUAUUAAUAGCGACUCCCAUUGUUUCCUGUAUGUUCUUACCGCGACGUACCUUAUCGAAGGCGAGACUGAGUUCGAGCCCCCCGGCAAUGAUAGCUGCGAGUUCCGUUCUGGCCGUAUCUCAAUCUGCGUCAUAUUCAUUGCCGCUCCCAAUGCGCCGUUGGCUACGCGGCUAUCGCAGGGUCGAUCUGCGCGUUGGCUACAUGUAGUCGUCCGAGCUAUGACGAUCUCAUGUGAUCGUGGAAACCUACGAGUCCUUUAUUCUCUCGCAUUCUCUGCUGUCAAUCCGAUUGGCUCCCAGGUCAAGCAAAGAUCACGAACAGCCUCAGCCUGCUGCAUGUCAUCGGGGCGUGGUCCGAAGAUGCUUCUGAUCCAAGCUGACAACCCGGGGAGGGAAGAAAAUGGAACGGCCGAAGUCCAUGCUCAGACGGAGAUAGAGCGCUGGAGCCAUACACGCUCCCCGCGCCUCGAAACUGACGAAUCGCAUAGGGUUCCGAGAACCCUCGGCGGUCCGAUGCGAAGCUUCUCGGGGGUAUUGAUUCUUGGCUAUCGCGGAGACGCCCCGACCGCGGUUGGUCUGUUGGUCUCGCGACAUCAACCGCAACUGGGGCAGUUGCUGGCGAAUGGAGUAAAUAGACGCGCCAGGAGAUACGACUGUCCCUUUUUCUCGUCUUGGGUUGAAUAUGAGUCGUUGCCACACAACCUGUCACAUCACCCCGCAAGCAUGCAUGUCAGAUAUGUCAGAGCAUGUGGUCACCAUGCUGACGAGUUCGAGGGCGGAUAUAAUGAUCCAAGGGUGACCCGGGAGUUUGGGACGAGUCGAACCACUGAAUCAGAAGUCCGCAUAACGCCGCUUCCUUUUCCCAUACGUACGAAAGGCACGAAAGUCGACUAG